AUGAUCUCAACUAACUGUGUCGACAUAACUGAACGACCGGAAAUCCGCACUAUAUCAUCUGAUGAUCGUUCUCGGCUAUUGGCUGAAUAUAAGCGACAACGUCGCGAGAUGGGACCACGCCGUUUCGCCAAGGCUAUAGCCACCUCGAAAGUUUGCGAAAUAGUAGAGCGGAUCGACGCAGCCUUAGCACCUCAACGCAUGCCGUACUGGGAUGUACGAUGGGAUCUCCGUUUGCCACGACCUGGUGACUCUGUGAUAUUUAGCGAAGACUUCUUUCCGAAGGCGAGAAGACGUCGAGCGAAAGAAAAAUUUUCAAGAGAGCCGUGA